AGGCCCGUGUCGGCCCGAGCAGGCGCAGGGCGGGUGCGCGGGGCCGCUCCAGAGCCCUUCCCUGCUGGCCUCCGGCCCCCGGGAUCUGUAGCAAGGACAAGCCAACAGUUUUUUUUUUUUACUCUUUCGCUUUUCCUUUUUUUUUUUUUUUUUGUUGCGUCUUCAGAUUCUGCCGGUCUUGUGUUGACUGGGAGCCUUGAACACGCGGCCGCUAGGCCUGUGCUUCAGCCUACCCUUCCUCCGGCGUGUAGCCAGAUCUGGUGUAGGGGUGGGUGACCACCCAGGGCAGUGUGGUUAGGGGCCACCGCGCCCCCUGGUGAGCAGCAGGGAGCGGUGCCCCCCGUCGGCCCUGAACUGCACGGGAUGCCGUGCACAGGGGUGGCAAUAGUCCCUGCUCCUGCCUGGGUGGGAUGGGGUUGCACAUAUAGGGAGCCCUAGGUGAGGACUAGUGGCCUGCAUAGGGGAGCAGGGAAGGGCUCUGGCCAUGUCUCGCCUGCAGGUUGGCUGGUUGAGUGGCAGCCCCUGUAGGAGCUCUGUGGUGGCCUCAGGGCACUGGUGCUGUCUCUCUUUCCCCUCCCCACAGCACUGGUUGCUCAUCAGGCUCCUGCUUCCUCCACUUCAGCUCCAUGGGCUGCAGCUCCCUGUUAUAGGCAGAUGUCCUGCCCAGCUCCCUGGCUGGUGGAUGGAGCCCCUCUAGCAGGUCAGCAGCGCUGCUGACUUGGGGAAGAGGGGGGUGCCAAAAUACAAAUUUGCUCAGGGUGCCAUUUUCCCUAAGGCCAGCUCUGCAUAUAGCCCAAUCCCUCUCAGUGGAAUGAGGAAAGCAUUGAGCAUCUGUUUUUUUUUUGUGGGGGGAGUUACAUGCUUGGUUUUUUGUUUGUUUGUUUUUUUGGAAUGACAUCUCCUUUCUUGUGGAUAGAUAUUGGGAAAGCAUCACUUUUUCUUUCGCAGUUGAAUGUUUUUUCUUACAGAACCACCAUAAGGUUCUCAAAACUCAAUCAUUAAUGUGAAAAAUCAAAGGUCAGCUUUCAGGUAGUUGAAAAGUACCAGACAUUCAAAAUAUGUAAAUAUUAAUAUUAAAACAGAGCUCCUAUGCUUGUUGCCAAACUGAAAUAACAGCACAUAAUUGUUCUGUAGUUUUCCAAGGGCUUUCAUAUCUUGAAAUUUCAAACAUGGAAACUGAAUCUGAUUUAAAGAAAGAGAAGUUGCACCAACAUCCCUUCUAUUGCAAUAUUUGCAAAAUUUCAUGUGCAUCUGCCUUAAACUUACAGACUCACUUCCUGGGAUACAAACACAAAACAGUUGAAGAAGCUCUAAAAGCCCAUGGCAUUGUUAAAACGGUCAGUGGUUCAGGAGAUCAAGCAAAAGCUCCUGUAAAACUUCCUGAUUAUGUUCAAACCGAGCCAGAAAAGUUUCAAGGACAAACCCUGGAAGAACAGCUUAAUACAUGUAAAGAUUCGGAACCUGCACUUGGACUUGAUUAUAUAAUUGAAUACCGCUCAAAAGACAAUUUCCCUGUUCUCUAUGAAUGUCAGCUGUGUCACUGCCAAACAGGAUUGAGUAACAUGUUCAUGCAUGUUUAUGGUGCUAAACAUAGAAUGGCAUAUCUGAGGCAACAUUAUCCUGAGAUAGUUGAAUCAGAUGAAGUUAGAGGUCGAGGUUCCGAACUGAACAGAAGACUUAAACAAGUUGCAGCAACUAUUGAAAUGAAGGAAGGAAGAAAACAAAUAAAGGUCGUAAUGGAUCCACCUAUUAUGAAGAGAAAAUGGCAAGAACAUAACCAUUCAAAAGCUAAAGUUCAGCAUGUGGAUGUGUCAACUAGCAGUGAAGGAAAGGCAGAUGGUAACAAGGAAGAUAAACAGACAGGUUCUACUCAAAGUCUAUCUUCUCAAGGGGGAAAAGAUACAAAAGACAAACUGGAAAAAAGCCAAAUAAAAGAAUCAAAAGCAGAUAAGCUAGAGACUAAGGAAACUGUUGAAAGCAGAAAAGACAACAACACUGACAGGAAUAGCAAAGACAGCAAGGCAGAAUGCGAUGACAGCAGACAAUCAAAAGGUGAAAAUCAGGAUGUCAAGGAUAAACAGCAAGAGGCUAAUGAUGUAAAUUCUGAAGGGUUCACCAGCCAGGAUGAACUACUGGGAUUUUUGCAAGGUUUUGAGAUACUGAAUGAAGAGGAUGCUUCAUUUAUCCUAAAGGUUACACAAAUUCUUACAGAUGCUUUGGUGGAAUAUCGACAACAGGUUGCACCAAGAAAAGAAAACUCUUUAUCUGUAAUGGAAAGAAAUGAACCCCAACAUUCUUCAGCUGGCUUUUUAGGAACAUUUUAUGAAAACGAUGUCACUGCAGAAUUCUUAAACAGUGUAAGAAACAUGGAUGUUGAUGAAGUUACUACUACUCUACACAAAAUAGCUGCAACAAAUCCAGCCUUCAGAGGAAUUGACAUUCCAAAUGUGAUAAGGAUCCUGACUGAAAGUGGGAAUCUUAGAGCACUGGACUGUUAGAGCACUGAGCAAUGGCAGUAAGCAGCGAUAUAAGAAAAUAAGGAUUGGUUUGGAAACACUGUAUUAACAUAAACUGAAGAUUUGUCUUUUACUUUAAGUAAACUUGUAUACAAAUAAAUUCAGUGUAUCUACAUUUUGUACAGUUACUUUUCAGAACUACAGAUUAGUAGUUUCAUUUGACAGGUUUAUGUUGAUAUCCAAAUAAGUUGACAGUCUGUGUUUUUAGAAAGAGAAUGUAAAAUUUUUCCUUUCUCUUUUGUACAAACAUUUUCAUCACUUUUGAAAACUAUGGUAUAGCUAUAUCUAGGCCAGAUGUCUUCGGGAUCAUAUGCCAGAGGUAUAAAAUUUUCUUUUAACUCUUCAUUUAAAUGUGAAUAAAUGGAAGACUGUUUUUAGGGCCAUCGGUCCAGCAUUUUUAAUUAAUGGUCAAAUAAAUCAUAUUUGUGACUAAAAUGUCAGUAUUGUAAUAUUUUUAUUUCAAGUGUAUUUCAAGUUAUUUCAAGUUUCUGUGUAUAAAAAUCUAUACAUUAUAUAGAUAGACUUUUUGCCUCAAGAUAUCUUUUAUAAUAGAAUGUAACACAGAGAGA